AUGGUGAUUCUAGAAGGUACUGUGGAGCUCCCGAUCACGCUGGGCACACAUCCGACCACUGUGGUAAUUGUGGCAAGCUUUUUGGUCGUUAAGACCCCCAUGGCCUAUAAUGCAAUCUACAGUCGACUGUUACUCAACGUAGCUGGGGCCAUCCCCUCGACCUAUCACCAGGAGGUCAGCAUUGGGGCCGAGUUGGACACUGACGAAAAAUGGAAGCUGGUGAGGUGUCUGAUAGACAACCUAGACGUCUUUGCAUGGAGCCCAAGUGAUGUCACCGGGGUCAGCCCAACACUAGCUCAGUAUCGUCUCGGAGUCCUACUCGGAGCCAAACCAAUAAAGCAGAAGAAAAGGAACCUCGACCCCGAAAGGCAAGAAAUAGCAAGGGCGAAAGUGGAAAAGCGACUGCAAGCAGGUUUCAUCCGAGAGGCAUGCCCUAAGAACUCAUACCCGCUCCCAUGGAUAGACCACUUCGUCGACGCCAUAUCGGGUCAUGAGAGGCUCAGCUUCCUAGACGCUUUCUCGGGGUAUCAUCAAAUCUCUAUGGCUGAGUGCAACCAGGAGAAGACGUCGUUCAUCACAGAUUUCGGAACCAACAGUUACACUGUCAUACCUUUCGGCCUGAAGAAUGCAGGGGCAACUUACCAGAGGAUGGUGAAUAGGGUCUUCCAGGAGUUGAUUGGAAAUGUCAUAGAAGCCUACGUCGACAAUAGGGUGGUAAAAAGUAUUAAGGCUAUUGACCACGUGGCCUGUCCGCAGAGAGUGUUCGACACAGUCUACGCGGCUAGGUGGAGAGCCUUAACAGGCCAAAAAUUGGCUAGGGCCCUUAACCGCUAG